AUGGAAUUAAAAAGAGACAUUGAUAAUUUGCAAAAAUUGCCUUCAUCUAAUGAACACUUGAAUAUGGAUGACGAGGAGACGUGUGGUACAGGAUCUUUCAGUGUUAACGAACAUGACCCUAUGUUAAAUGAAGACAAUAUUACAUGCCCAAUCAGCGCCCCUGCCCCAUGUUUGGCGAAAUGUGCGGAUUUUGAAAACUCACUGACCACUAGAUUAACAAACGACUUAAUCCACGUUACACAAAAUCCAGUAACGCCUAGAAACGUAAUUGGACAUUGUAAAUUAUAUGGAAUGGUGAUUGUAAUUGUUUUGUCUAUCGGCUUUAACAUUGCUCUUUUAACAUUUGGAUUAUGGUACGGUUUAACCAGAAAUCAAUCGCCUUCACAACACGCUUCACAAACUACAACAGAAGCACCGUCGUUGGGUUAUAGAAGAUAUUUAGUGAAUCCCGAUGAUGUCAAGAAUUUAGUAGCUGUGCCGUGUGAUGCACGUGAGAACUUAAUGGAACGUUUUCCUGGUAUGGUGAGAGUGAAUGUAAACGUCUCUUCUAUUUUUAGCAAAAAGUCGUUUCAGGAAUACUGUUACCUGCCGAAGUCUGACCAGUUAAACCACUUCCUGCGGAUUGUAAAUCUAGUACAACACAGUGUUAACGGUUCUCUUGGAAUUAAACGUCAGCAUUGCGUUUCCUUGACCUAUCCGACAGUAAAAGUUGGUGUAAAUGGAAGUGUUGUACGAUAUGAAUGGAGCGAAUAUGGCAAAUACGAACAAAAUAAUAUAUUUAAAGUGCUCCGUGAUCAGCGGACAGCAGAGCUACAGCUGAAUGGACCGACUGGCUACUACAUGGUCAUGGCGAGUACAGUUUACAAAUCAACGCUAAACAUGCAACCGACUCCUAUAACUCUAGGGGCCUUUGUCAACGACAGGAAGGUCGUAAGUCAAAGUAAAAUAUUGCUACCUUCCGAUGAAGGGUUUACUUCUCUGUCUUUUCAUGACGUAAUACACAUGAAUAGAAAUGAAACAGUCAAGAUAAAGGCAUCGGAACAGCAAUACCUAUAUAACGUUACGUCCGGAGUUCAUACUGCUCAGAUGUGUUGUAUUCCUGUACUAGGAGGGUGUAAUAGGUGAUUUGGUUAGAUUUGAUUGUAUCAGCAGUGGCCAAUUACAUCAGAAUUUGAAAUUGUUACCUACACGUUAACAAUGGGUAAGAGACGUUCACGUUUUGUUUAAGUGGCGUUGUAACCGAACGAAAUCGUCAAGAAAUCCUUUGAAACAUUGUUAAUAUCAAUAAGUAGAUACAGUUUUAUUUUAUCGGCGAGGAUCGUCAAACAUGGCGUGAGACCUAGUCAAACAAGACAAGAAUAAUCUCCAUGUUUGUUACAUCAAAUCCAACCCGCUUCAGAUGUCAACGAUAUCAUCACAUCUCAUGAUAUCUUUGUUCUUGUUGAAACUAAAACUGACUGUGUGUAUGUACUUAGUUUACCACAAGGUUAUUAACAUUUCAUGAAAAACAGGAUUAACUGUAAGACAGAAUCUGGUGGAAUUGUCAUUAUCUACAAAACUCAGCUUAAUAGAUUUUUGAAAUUUCCCUCUACAUGUUCUGGAUACGUUCAAUGGGCCAGAGUACUUAUAAACAUAGCUAGCAGUGAAGGCGAUUUACUUAUAGGAUGUAUUUAUUUACCACUAGAAACCAUUCCGUACUCGUCUCCUGAAGCAUUAAAAGAAGGUAGAAAUGAGUUGCAUGAACUGCGAUCAAUUGUUAGUAACAUAAUGUUAAUUGGUGAUUUUAAUGGCAAAACAGGACAACACCCAGAUUUUACUAUACUAGAUAUAUAUUAUAUUAUAAAUGUAAUUGAUAAUUUUUGUAUGAUUACGUAAAUUUGUCUCUGUUGAAUGAUACUUUACAGUGACGUAGCCAAUGUGUAUCUAGACCUAAUAAGCAUGGGUUUAAAUUACUCGACUUAGGUAGAAAUAAUAAUCUGUAUAUAGCACAUGGUAGAAUUGAUAAAGAUUAAAAUUGUACGUCCGAGACAAAUUGUUUCAAGUGUCGGCUACCGAUGCCUUCGGCUUGAAAAACGGUGAUAGUACACAACUGUCGCCUAAAACUUCUAAUGAUAAGUCAUGGUUUACAGCUGAAUGUCGCUCUUUCAACGAAGUAAAACAUAAAUAUGAAAAUCCUUAAUAGGAAAAUAACAGAGUGUUGAUGAAUAAAAGCUUUAGAGAAUACAAAAAAGUCUUACGAAAGAGUUAUAAUACCUAUAUUGUUAAUAUUGAAAACCAAAUAAGGAAAACUUCGAAAUAAAGAAUUAUGGGACUCUGGUCACACGUGACUUACCCUCUGUUAGUUCAGCCACGCGUGACUUACCCGGUGCUACAUGUAAUUAAGUCACAAUGGAAUUAUAUCCGGGGUAUUAAACUGUUGUUGAUGUAAUAUGACAAUCUGUUGAUUUAACUAUAUUUAUAUAACUGUUAUUAUGUAUAUGUUCACAUAAAAUGGUCUACAUUUUCUCAGUUGAUCUGUAUGUAAUAAGAAAGAUCAAUAUUCAUAGUCAUACGCACCAGGUCAUUUUUGUUUGGUUUAGAUGUUGACUUUGAUAGUACACAUCUGCUUUGUGAGGGUGUUUUGUUUAAAAUUAGAUAUCAGUAACGAGGGAAGAGGACAGAUUCUUAAAACACUGAAAGAUUACAAUUUUGUUUCAGAAUGUAUAGUCUUGUAGAUAAGUGACAUGGCAUGGUGCUUCCAAUACAACAAUGCUGUAUCGGAACUUCCAUUUACAACAAUAUUCUGAAAUUGAGAGAACAUUAGAUAGGGCAUAGAUUAUCUAUUGGAUUAAGAGUUUGUUUUUUAUUGUUUUUUUUUACCCAAGUUACUAAGAACACCUAAUUCUUUCACUUUUUCUAAACUGCAGCAAUAUUAUGUAAAUAAGAAAAUGUUUACCCUUAGAUGUAUAACAUGUAACACGCGUGUUGUUUUCAUCAUUUACACAAAUGACUCAUGUAAUUUGUGAUACCAUAAAGUAAAGGACUCGAUACGGAUACCUAUACGUAAACCGAAACUGACGGUUUUUUGUACCUAAACCGAAACUGGUGUUUUUUUGUACCUAAACCGAAACUAACCGUAAUUUAUAUGAUAUAUCGAUGCAUGCAGCUUGCUUUGAAUGUCAAUUCGAUCUUAUUCAUACAAUUUAGAGGAUUACGUAAGUUAAAACCGGAUUUUCCAUGUUUCAUAGAAAAGGCAGCUUCGUUGAACAACACACAACAUACACAAUCAAGUCCCUUAUUCCUUUCUGUUUAAGUAGAGAUACCUUAUGAUCUCGUUGAUUAAAACUCCGAUUUCUGAUAAAUUAUUACAUGAUGUAUGUGAAUGAAAAUCUUUAUGAUUUAUAUAUACGUUUAUGAUAUAUAUAUUCGUCAUUUUUUGUCAUUAUUAAAGGUAAUUACAAAAUUGUAUAUAUCGUAUAGUCUAACAUUUCCAAAAUCAUUUACUAGAUUUUUGACGUCACCAAUUUGUACAUAUUUAACAUAUAUUAUCAUUUAUCAGACAAAGUGACAGUGGUACAUUACAACAUAAUGACUCGUUCCUCUUGACUUUAUCUGAUACCACAUUUGUAUUAAUAGUCAUUGGUUUUCUGUUGAUCAAAUGCUGUUUGCAUAUUAAACAUCGAUCUAUUGAUUUUGUACAAGUUAUCUCAUGUACUUAGGUACACACAUUUUGUUAUU